AUUAUAGGAUCACAGUAAGACAGGAAUGGAUUACGUCUGUUGUCAUUAGUAUUACCAUCAUUGCUUGUGUCUUAAAUAAACACCAAGACUCUGAAGCUUUGAAGCUUUUGGGGCUGUUCCUCAAACUUCUUCAGUACGUGGUUUCCAGAACCAAUCCGUUGUUAGCGGGAGGAGUCCCACUAGUGGACCUGAGGGACGGAUAGCAGUGUUUCACGAGUUCAGCGGAGCGUUUGACGACUCCGAAGGUCCGGUGGGGGGGCUUAUCGGGGGUGUCGUCUCCGGUACAAGCGAGCGACAUGCUCCCGCCUCAGAGAAUCGCGGGCCGGAGAGCAUUCCACUGGCGGACCGCCUCACCGUGGACCACGUGCGUGAGAGUGGCGUGUUGCAGUCGCCUGCGCUUUAUGUGGUUCGCUCUGAUGGUCCUGACGGUCCUCUGCGUGGCGCUGCAGAUGCUGGGAGUUGUCCGACAGGCCAGGAGCUCCAAGGUUUUAAAACUUGUGAGUGAGCAGCUUGUCAGAAUGCCUGCAGAGAUCCACAGGCCCGUAAAGCGCAAAGACUGGGAAAACCUUUGGUCUGUUUCAGCAGCCAUCGUUGAGAAACCAGUAGACCAGCAUCCAUUCAUGCAGAGAAGAGACGAGAGUGAAAACCCUCAUUCAGAACAGGGAAGGGACCAAAUCUUGGAGGAUACAAGAAAACAACUUACUAGCACAACCAAAGCAGCACCACCAAUAGAGCCGAAUAAACUCUGGCUUGUCCAAGAAUUUUCAAAGCAGCCACAAAAACCAGCUUUCCCCAAAAGGACCCCAGAAAUUCGCAAACCACCACACUCUGAUGACAAUAAUGAUAAAUAUACAGUAAAAUCACAAGCGGAUGAUGCUGUCAUGUGCCAGCCCAAAAACCACAUUGUCUUCCUCAAGACGCACAAGACUGCCAGCAGCACCAUAUUGAACAUUCUGUAUCGUUAUGGGGAAAGCCAUAACCUGACCUUUGCCUUGCCGCUUAACAUGCACAGCCAGUUAUUUUACCCGGCAUUCUUUGCAGCACACUUUGUGGAGGGUGUCAGGACUCGCAGCGUAAAGGAGUUCCACAUCCUGUGCAAUCAUAUGAGAUUCAGCUCACAAGAGGUGAGGAAAGUGAUGCCUAGAGACACAUUCUACUUUUCCAUUCUUCGGAAUCCAGUGGCGAUGAUGGAAUCCCUGUUUGUUUACUACAAAGCGAUCCCAGCUUUCCGUGGAGUCAAAAGCCUUGAGGAGUUUCUGAUCCAGGGUGGGCGGAGCUACAACGCCUCUGUGCCUAAUAACCACUAUGCACGUAACAUUUUGACCUUUGACUUUGGUCUGGAUAAUACAGCACCUGAGAACAACAACGAGCUGGAAAGACGUAGUGCCGAGGUCAUCGCUGCUGUGGAACACGACUUUCCACUGAUCCUCAUCUCGGAGUAUUUCGACGAAUCACUGGUGCUCCUAAAACAUGCCCUCUGCUGGUCACUGGAUGAUGUUUCGUCUUUCCGCCUCAACAGUCGCAGUGAACGCUCUCGCAAGCCCUUGAGCGCAGAGACCGCAGAGCGGGUAAAAGAGUGGAAUUCUCUAGACUGGCGAUUGUACCAGCACUUUAACGACACUUUCUGGAAACGCAUAGACUCCACAUUCGGGCAGACGAAGCUCCAACAGGAAGUUGAACUUCUGAGGGCAAAGAGGAGGAACCUUGAGCAAAUGUGUCUUCAGGAAGGAGGGGCGGUAGAUCCUGCGCAGGUCCAGGAUACAUCACUGAAGCCGUUUCAGUAUGGCGCAGCAGUUAUUCAAGGUUAUAACCUCCGACUGGGGUUAAAUAAUGACACUCGUCAGCUUUGUCAGAGGUUGAUUACACCUGAACUACAGUACACCUCAGCUUUGUUCACCAAACAGUUCCCUCAGCUAGCGGCCGCACGUGCUGCCGUUGCUAAAAAGAUUGCGGCUUCUAGAAACACUGCAACGCACAGAGCUGUUAAGCGCAAUAUUGAGACAAAUGUGCACACAGCAGUGACGAACAAUACCUCACAUAACAAUACAUACAAAGCCAUUGUGGAUGAACAUAGCUUGCACAGUUUAGCUAAUUCUGUUGUUCAUAGUGAAACACAAAGUCAUUUUGAUGUAACAAAACAGAAUAAAGAAAUGAAAAGAAACUCACAUAAACGUACCACACAAAAACACUUUAUAAACUCAAACAUACAUAAGGAACCACAAAAACCUGGUAUAUUGAGAUGAAUUAACCAAUUAGAACUCAGAACAGAAAUUGUUAACUCAAAAGAGCGGUCAGAUUUAGGAGAUUUGGCUGCCUAAAAAUCUCCAGUGUCAUCAUAAAUAGUGUAGCAAUGUAUGAAGCACAGCUCACAGAUUCAUUUUGACAUACGUGACCAACUUGAAAACGUGGGAACCAACUGACUUCUAUAGAGUGUUUUCACGACGCAUCAUCAAUCGGCCAUAUUGGCGGCACUAAAUGUAAACAAUGCCACUGAAGCGAACGAAACAAGCAUAUUUCGCUGAUUAUUGCUGCUGAAAAUGGUCAAUUGUUGUUAUAUUUUGGGCUGUACUAAUCGUUCUGACCAGGAAAAACAUUUGGAGUACAAUAGACGGCCAGAAAUUAUAACAAAUUAAGGAGUGCAAAAAACUGUCUGAGGAACAAAAGGUGUUUGUGGUUGGCCAAAAUGAACCAGGAUUUCCAGGGCAAGAAUCUUGACAACAUUCGUGUUUGUUCUUAUCAUUUCCAGUCAGGUAGGUGAAAUAUUAGGCUAAUAUCUUAAUUAAUACUGCUCCUACAUAUAUUUACCACCUACCCUGGUAAUAAACCAGCAUAUGCUGGUAGGUAUGUUUUGAUGCUGGUUUAAGCUGGUCCUUUGCUGGUUCAUGCUGGUCCUUUGCUGGUUUAUGCUGGUCAUGUUGCUGGUCAAGGACCAGUAUAAACCAGCAAAGGACUAGCUUAAACCAGCACCAAAACAUACCUAACCAGCAUAUGCUGGUUUUUUCACCAGGGUUUUAACUUUAGUUUGUCAAAAUAUUGCGCACGUUCCUGCUUCCUAGGUCCUUCUCUAUAUGAUUUAGCAGCUUUCACAUGCUUUUCCGUGGUUUAGACAGGAUAAAUUAGUAGAACAACGUAUUCAUUAGUACAUUAACCAUGAAAUCAUUGCUGAUGUUUACAUUCGUGCAUCGCCAAUAUUGCCGCGUAUCCAUGAGCAAAUGAUGAUGCAAGUGGAAACCCUCUACUGAAAUGGGGUUUUCCCCACAAAAUUUCACUCCUCAGUGCUAACUGUGACUGCACAUACAAACAACACCGUUCCAUUCAUAUUUAUUUGUACAAAGAUAACAGCUGUAAUCAUCACAGUGCACAUUUAUACAGAUUUAAAGUGUGACCAACCAGUGAGCAGUGUUUCUGCAUUGCUUUUCACCAGCCUUGCUCCUCCGUUGCUCACUCUGCAGUGCUACAGCAGAACAAAUCAUAUUUUACCUGAAUUGUAAAUGUGAAUUUGCUGUCUGGGUCGAAUGUGAUGCAAUAAAAAGAAAUGACUUGCUAUUAUGUUCUCACAGACUGCUCGUAAUAAUCAACAUACAGUACAACGGGACAAGUGUAGUCCGUUUCAAGAAGGAAUGACUCUUAUGAGUCGGUUCUUUUUGUGAAUCAGAAAUAUAUACGGCUCAACAAACAAUCGACUCUUUUAAUGAUGAUACUGUUAUUUUUAGUGACUUAAAAGCAAAUAGCUUCAGAUUUGUUCUAUAUUUCGCAAAUUCUAUAAUUUCGCAAUUCUGAUCUUUUUUUUUUCAGAAUUGUGUCAUAUGAACUCACAAUUCUGACUUUUUUUCUUAGAAUUGUGAGAUAUAUGCUCACAAUUGCGAUUUAUAAAGUCAGAAUUGCGGGAUAUACACUUGCUAUUGCGAGUUAUAAAGUCCAGUUCUGAGGAGAAAAAAUAUAUAACUCGUAAUUGUGACUUUUUUAUCUCACAAUUCUGACUCUUUUCUUGCAAUUGCAAGUUUAUAUCACUCAAUACUGACAUUAUUUCUCAGAAUUGUGAUUUAUCUCACAAUUCUGACUUAACUCACAAUUGCAAGCUUAUAUCACAAUUCUGGGAAAAGUCAGAAGAACCUUUUUCUUUUAUUCAAUGGCAGAAACGGGCUUCCAUAGUUAUGAGAUGGUUAUUUUUAGUGAAUCAAAAAAUGUAGCGAGACCAGUACAGACCAAUAAACGACCCUGAUAGCACACGUACAUCUCGGAGACGUCUUUUUGACGUCUUUUUUUAGAUUUUUUGCUCAUCUGCUAUACGUCUAUAGGACGUUUCCUAUCAGAUGUCAAAUAGACGUCUUUUAAGAUGUUUAUGAUUUAGAAUGUAUGUAAAACUCACAUCUGAUGUCUGUCAGAUGUUUGUACACAACAGAUGCUUUCCAGAUCAAGAGAUCUCUGAUUGUUUUCAACAGCAGAUGGCGUUACAAGCAAUACUGAUUACUUGGCAGCGCACCGCUCCUGUCAAGGAGAGCUUGGACGAGAACAGAGCGCUAUUAUCAUCAGUUAUCGAAAGAGACGCCAUUAAUGGUUUUAAGGUAGUCACAUCCCUGAUAGCACCCGUACAUCUCUGAGACGUCUAUUUGAUGUCUGCAAAACGUAGUUUGCUCAUCUGCAAUACCUCAAUUGGACAUUUCCUAUCAGAUGUCAAACAGACGUCUAUUAGAUGUCUUUAAGAUGUUUAUGAUUUAGAAUGUAUGCCAAACUGACAUCUUGCAGAUGUCUGCCAGACAGCUGUACACAGCAGAUGCUUUCCAGAUCAUGUGAUCUUUAACAGACAUCUUGCAGACAUACAUGUGCUAUCUGGGGAACAAAUGACUCCUAUGAACAGGUUAUUUUUAGCGAAUCAAAAACAAACAGCACAGGAAUGAACCGGUUAUUUUAAUGAGUAGGUCAAACUGAUAAGUUUGAUGAAUCAUUCACUGAAUUGAAUCCAAAGAGGCACUGAAUCAACAUCUGACUCACUUACUAAACUAAAAGGUAUCAUUAUUUUCAGUGAUAGGCCUAGGUUUUUUUUUAAAUGAACCAAGGUUUUUGUCAGUAUCAAGUUCAUAUGACAGCGUUUUGUUUUUUAAAUACUGUAGGCUGAAUGGAAUGGAACGGUAGCCUGUUAAGUUUUGAUUAAAAUAUUAUGUUUGCAUAUGACAUCUAUUAAUGUAUUUCUGCUUUAACCUCCAGCAAAACCAUGUGAUAGCUAAUGUACCUAAUGAUUUUGGCUCUCAAAAUAUUACAGGUUGUAAUUGUAUGCUGUGAGACAAUAAUAAUCAAGUGUGAUUCAUUGUCUUAGAAGACUAAGUAAUAUCUCGUUGACCUUGCACUUUCUGUUCAGACAUAAAUCAUCUCAUUUUUAUGAAAAUGAUUUUCCAUUUUAGACCAGGAGAGGCUUAUUGUGCCUGUUCAGCUGUUGUAUGUGUAUUGGAAAAUGCAAACCUUUCUGCUCAACAUGUCUAAGCUAUUGCUCUAAAACCAAUGGUUCGAGUUUCCAGCAUGAGUCAGAAGUUUAUAUAACAUGGAUAAAAUGUGCAUUUGGCAUCUGCAAAAGUACAGAUUCAUCUCAGCUAGGUUUUUGUUAUAAUGAUAAUUGGAAAUUGACCUAUACAGCAGUGUGGUGAAUAACUUGGAGAACAAGCACAAACUUUGUAAAUGCAGCUAUUUAUUUUUGCACUGUGUGACUUUUCAAAUUGAUUUAUUGUUGCGCAUCACUGGAAGAAAGUGGAAAAUAUGUCACCGGCAAUUUCCGACACAUAAAUCACAGCCUAAUGCAAAAUACAUUAAACAGAUCUUUUAGGUUUUUGUGCUAUUUCCGACACAAAUUAAACGUUUUUUUUAGUGCUGUGGCAUAGUUGUGCACAGGGCAAAUAAUAGCUGUUUUGCUCAGGUUUGAGUCUGACCUGGUUCAUGUCCUGAUCCCAUUUUAUCUUUUCCAUCUGCAUUCUGCUGUCCUAUAAAUAACAACAAAAAGCCCUAAAAUAAAAUGACAUAUAAACAAAAUGUAUGAACCUCAUUGUAUUAGAUAAAAAUCUCAAAGCAGCUGAAAUCAACAAACAAAAUAUAUUCGAAUUUUCUCAGAAUUAACUGGUGCUAAUGUGAUGCUUAUGAAGUCGGGUUUACACAUCAGAUCGAGUUCACUAUGAACAGGAUCCAAAUCUAAAUAGUUUGUUUUUAUUUGUUAAUUUGUUCAUUUAGUACUUAAUAAAUGUCAUUAGAUGUCUUUCUUUAAAAUGAACACUGCUUUGGUAUUUUAUUAUGACAAAUGUGGUGUAAGUGUUCAAGUAUUUAAUGGAGCCUCUGUUUCUCAUAAGUGGAAACCUAAUUAAUGUAAAUGUUCUGUGUUAUGAUGGAUUUAAUAUAAUGGCCAUCUACAAACCCAGUCUGGAAACCCAAUGCAUUAUUGAGGCCAAUUUGAAUGAAGAAAGCAGACUUAUGCUAAGGGCUAAUGCUGAUUGCCAAGUUUUACCAGCCUUACUGAGACUCUGAAGGACCCAGACCUUGAUCAUUAUACCAGCCUUCAUAAAAGAUCAUCUGAACCAAAGUCUCAAAGCUUUAAUUUCAAAGUUUGCUUUAAUGUCAGAGAGCAAUAUAUAUGUGUGGCACCUAAUUUCAAAUCUCUGAAAACUAUACAUUUGCAGCUGUUUCAUAUUUAUUAAUAAAAGAUGAUUCUCUGG